AUGCAAUUCAAGUAUCAGAGUACUGUAGGAGUCAAGACAAUCGUUGACAAAUCGCUACCCACAUGGUAUCUGGGCACCAUCAUGUACCACUCCAAACCACCACGGUCGAGCAGAACAGCCAAGUCGGGCUUCACACCGACCACGAGAAUACGCCGGAGAGCGAAUUCCGCCUAG